AUGGCAUAUGGUGGGUCCCCAUGGCACGUAAAUCUUCGGUUAUUUUUGUAUAAAUUGAAGUAUCAGUUUCCCUCUCUCUUACACAUAAGCCCCUGCGAGAGCAAUGUGCACAGCCAUGGACUCUGAUGAAGAAUUCGUAAGCUUUUCCGACACCGUUUUUGGCUUCUGGGAGGAUCUCCAGGACCCGCCGGUAAAUUCAUCCAACUCCGGCAACCUUCUUGGUGACGACGAUGAGAAUCUUUGUUCUGUGGAAAACGAUCACAAAGCAUUCUGGGAAAAACAAUACCUCCUUCUCCAGACAAAUUUAUGCGGGAGUAGCUCGAUUGAGACAAGAGUUCGGCAAGCUACAAAGGAAGCUCUAACAGAGUUAAAAAUGUGGGAUAUGCAGUGCCUUUGCCCGAGGGAAGUGAAUGUUAAGAGCUGUAGGAAUUGUUUGAGGAGGGAAAUAUGUGAUCGUUUGUUGAACCUUGGUUACAACUCUGCUCUUUGCACAUCUAAAUGGAGAACUUCCUCGGAAAUCCAAAUAUCAGGGGAGCAUACUUAUCUGGAAGUGAAGGAUAACUCAAACACUAAAAGAGAAGUAAAAGUGGUAAUUGAAUUGAAUUUUCGAGCAGAAUUUGAGAUGGCACGUGCCAGUGAAGAAUACAACAAAUUAAUCAACAGGUUACCUGAGGUAUUUGUUGGAAAAACAGAGAGGUUACAGGUCAUAAUUAAUAUUAUGUGCUCAGCUGCAAAAAAAUGCAUGAAGGAAAAGAAAAUGCACUUAGGACCUUGGAGAAAACUAAGGUACAUGCAAGCAAAGUGGCGUGGCAUGACAGAUAGAAACAUAACAGUGCCACUUCCCACUGUUUGCACUUCAAGACCACGAAAAUAUAAGGCUUCAAUGCUCACUUGCGAUUUAGUAGAAAAUAGGCUUCGCUGUGUUGUACUUUGCUGAGGUUGGGUGAUUAUUGGUGAUGGUGAACAAUUUAACCCCAUUUGAAUAAUUUUCGUAACAUAGCAUAUAUGGUUAUGGCCACGUUUGUUGUGAAAACAAACAGGUUUAACCUGAGGACAGUGAAUUUGCAAUUGGAAGAUUAUAAUGGAAGCUAAAGAAUAAUUUUUCCUCUCAAAUCAUUGAUAUUGAAAAUUUCCCCACUAGUUAUGAAGU